AUGGAACUGGGCCCAUGCGCCAACCUGUCCUGCCUGCUUGGGAAUGGCAGCGGUCCCUCCAACACCACUGGCAGCGCCAGUGACGUCUUGGCCACCUCCUUCCUGGGAUGCGCUCUGUCCGUCAUGUGCGUCGUCGGGGUGGUUGGAAACAUCUACACGUUGGUGGUUGUCAACCUCUCCGUACGGCUGUCUGCCUCCAUGUACGUUUACGUGGUCAACUUGGCCUUGGCUGAUCUCCUCUACCUGGCCACCAUCCCCUUCGUUGUCUGCACCUACUUCGUGAAGGACUGGUACUUUGGGGACGUGGGCUGCAGGGUCCUCUUCAGCCUGGACCUGCUCACCAUGCAUGCCAGCAUCUUCACUCUCACCAUCAUGAGCACAGAGAGGUACCUGGCAGUCGUCAAGCCCUUGGACUCGCUCCGGAGGCCUGGAGAUUACCGGAGGACCAUCACCUGCUCGGUCUGGCUCCUGUCCUUCCUCCUUGCCUUGCCCACCAUGGUUCUCAUCGACCUCCGGACGAGCAGCCAAGGAGGAGUGACCAAGCGCAUGUGCCACCCUACUUGGCAGAUGGGAGCCUACAAAGUCUACCUCACUGUCCUCUUCAUCACCAGCAUCUUGGCCCCUGGCCUAGUCAUCUGCUACUUGUACAUCAAGUUGGCCAGGACCUACUGGAGGUCUCAGGCAGCCGUCUUCAGUGCCAAGGCGAUGAAGAGGUGCUCUCGGCAGAAGGUCCUGUACAUGAUAUUUAGCAUCAUCCUUGCCUACUGGGCUUGCUUCAUUCCCUUUUGGCUCUGGCAGCUGCUCAGCGUCUAUCGCCGCCAGCCAGGCAGCCUUGCAAACACCACAGUGGCCUGCAUCAAUUUUUUCGUGACCUGCCUAGCUUACAGCAACAGCUGCAUCAACCCUUUCCUCUACACGCUGCUCUCCAAGAACUACAAGGAGUACUUAAGGGGUCAGCAGAGGAACGCCCUUGUCCUCAUCAAGGUCAAGCCCAAGAGGGGUUCCUCGGGGGAAUCAGUGUGGUCUGGAAGCCACACGUACACAGAGAGCUUGGCCGUGGCUCAGAUGCAGGGAAUCGGCAACAAGGAAGUCUUCUUGUGA